AUGGUGUGGCUACAAAGUGUGAUCCCCUUCACUGGGAUUCUGGUUUUGUUUCAGAGGAUCACCGCUCAGCUGACAUCUCAGCAGUACCACCUGAUCACCGGCUCCCUGACCUGGCACGAGGCUCGGAGCUUUUGCAGAGUGAAGUACACCGACCUGGCCGCUGUGAACAACAUGGAUGACAAGAACAGGCUGGUCAACAUGCUGGGCGGUCGUGUGGCGCACACCUGGAUCGGGCUUCACAAGGGAGCGGCUGACAGGUGGAUGUGGUCCGACGGCAGCGGCAGAGCGCACUUCACCAAGUGGAAGGAGGGUGAACCCAACAAUGUGGCGGGAGAUGAAUGGUGUGGAGAGAUGUCGGAGACAGAGGCGUGGAACGACAUGUCGUGUGGAGACAAGAAAUGUUUUGUGUGUUAUGAGCGUCGGGAGGAUGGCAAGGAAAGGUAUGUGUAUUACUCACAGGAAAAAAGCUGGGACGACAGUCAAGAGCAUUGCAGAAGUAAGCACAAUGACUUGGCCUAUGUAAAGACUGGGGCAGAUAAUUCAGAGAUUGCCAAUUUAAUUGAGGCCUGGAUAGGCUCUUUCUUGCUUCCCAAAAACGCGUGGAUCGGUCUGUUCAAAGACGCCUGGAUGUGGUCGGAUGGAAGAGAAACCUCCUUCAGGUACUGGCUGAAAGGUUGGCAUUAUUCGGGAGACUGUGCCGCCGUUGCAGUGCCGCAGCAGGGACGCUGGGUUGCGGCAAAUUGUAACCAGAAGACCACAUUUGUCUGUCAGGGCGGUCUCAAAGUGAAGAAGGUGGUCAUAAGGAUGAAGGUGCGCUCUGAUGUGGAUCUCACCAACUCCACAGUCACUGAUGAACUCCUGAAAAAGUUGGAAACAGGCCUGAGAAAUCAGAGAGUGACUGAUUUCAGUCUCCGCUGGCGAGGUGACAAACGUGGACUUGUCUUCCAACGUCACGUGGGUCACUGAGAAGACAGGAUGCUAAAUGUUAAGCAGAGGCGCACACAUCAUUUCAGUGCAGCUGUUGGUGUUAAAGUGGCUUCAGUUGAACUGUUGAUGAGACUGUUGAGAGUGAUCAUUUUAAUACUGUGCCUAGCUUCAGUGUAUUUAUGUGUAUGUGCUGUUUUACACUUUUUUGUUUUUAUUUCAGAAGAUCAAUCAUUUUAUUAUUAAAGAAAAGCAUAACAAUGAGACUUUUAAUUUGAAAGAAACUCCAUUCAUUUCUGAAUUAAUUUAGGAUUUUAUUUGAUGUUUUAUUAAUGUUUUAUACUGUAUUGUUGUUUAAGUUUUGCCCUAGAACCAAAGACACAGUUUGUUGUGUUAGACUUCCCUGAUGACGAUGCCACUUACCAUCUUCAUCCUGAUGGAAAUUUUGUAAACAUGUUACGGUACACUUAUAGCCAAAAACACCAACCCCCCCACUGUAUGCAAAGCCGCCAUGGUCAGGUGGGUUUACAAACAGUGUUACAUAAGGUCAAGGGCUAGAGAGGUGACACACAGUGGACGCCGUGCACCAGAUGACAUAACUUUUUAAAAACUCAUUUAGAUUUUCACUGCUUGUUACUGUUAGACAUAAUACUAAUAAAGUAAAUUCGUAUACCUUUA